UAUCAGCUAUAUAUAAAUCCCAAUUCACUCCACUCGCAUACUAGCCCACACUACUCAUCGCACCCACAAUUAUGCCUCCGCCAUCACCCCUCACAGCGGCGAUACCUCUCCGGCCGCUCCUCCUCUUCAUCUUCUUCGCUGUGCCGGUCGUUUCUUGGCGACCCUGGCCCAAUGCGAAGCCCAACUCGACGGAUUUUCUCUACGGUGGUUCGAAAAAGUAUGAAGGUUCAUCGGAGUUUGUUCACCUGAAAUACCACAUGGGCCCCGUCCUCACCGCUAAUAUUACCGUUUACCCCAUUUGGUACGGCACCUGGCAGAGCUCCCAGAAGCGGAUUAUCCGCGAGUUCAUCAGCUCUAUCUCCGCCGCGGGCUCUAAGUCACCGUCCGUAGCCGGAUGGUGGAAAACCGUCCAGCUAUACACCGAUCAAACCGGCGCCAACAUAUCGGGAACCGUCCACGUCGGCGAAGAGAAGAACGACCGGUUUUACUCCCAUGGAAAGUCGCUCACGCGCCUCUCCGUACAAUCCGUGAUAAAAUCGGCGGUUUCCGCCUCCACGCGCCCGCUCCCAAUCAACCCCAAGAGCGGCGUAUACCUUUUGCUGACCUCAGACGACGUGUACGUUCAGGAUUUCUGCAACAACGUAUGUGGUUUCCAUUACUUCACUUUUCCAUCCAUCGUGGGGUAUACGCUACCAUACGCCUGGGUGGGGAACUCAGCUAAACUGUGCCCCGGCGUGUGCGCGUACCCGUUCGCCGUACCGGAUUAUAUCCCGGGGCUGAAGCCCGUUAAGUCACCAAACGGCGACGUUGGGGUGGACGGGAUGAUAAGCGUGAUAGCUCACGAGAUAGCGGAGCUAUCCACAAACCCGUUAGUUAAUGCUUGGUACGCGGGUCAAGACCCGGUUUUCCCCGUGGAAAUAGCGGAUUUAUGCGAGGGCAUUUAUGGAACAGGGGGAGGCGGGUCGUACACCGGGCAGAUGUUGAACGGUAAAGAUGGUGCCACGUACAACAUGAACGGAAUCCGACGGAGGUUCUUGGUUCAGUGGGUUUGGAACCCGCUUGUGAAUUACUGCACUGGCCCUAAUGCACUUGAUCAGUAAAUGAAGCAUUUACUCUUUUUUUUUUUUCAAUUUUAAUUUUCUUGUUUUUAUUUUGUAUGGCCAUAUUUGAUUUAAAAAAAAAUGUUUUAUUUCCUCUUUAUUUUUGUAUUUUUGGCUGUUAAUGGAAAAUUAGUUAAGGGUUGUCUGUUGAAUUUCCAAAAAUAGUGUAAGAAUAAUUAUAGUAAUUUCUAUGUUUAUAUAAAUAGUCAUUUGACAGUUGA